AAAAUAUGGCGAAGUGCAAAUUCACUGAGCCUGACUACUAAGGUGCAGAAAGGAUCUUUUCAAUCUACUGCUUCGCCAAUGCUUUGAAGAAUGCGAGACCUAACAGCUCAGGUAACGAGCAGUCUGCUGCAGUUUCCAGAGGUGACUGUUCAGGCACUUGGGGAAGAUGAGACAUCCCUGGAUUCUGUGCUCAGUGGGAAGUUUUCUGGAGGGAGAAAUGGCCUAGCAUGGUUGGCGUGUGGUCCUCAACUUGAGGUGGUGAGCUCUGUGACAGGAGAGCGGCUCUCUGCAUACCGUUUCAGUGGAGUAAAUGAACAGCCUCCCACUGUUCGUGUGGUAAAGGAGUUUUCCUGGCAGAAGAGAACUGGACUGCUGGUUGGGUUGGAAGAAGCAGAGGGAAGCGUUCUCUGUCUGUACGACCUUGGAAUAUCAAGAGUGGUUAAAGCAGUUGUUCUUCCAGGAAGGGUAACUGCUAUCGAACCUAUAACUAAUCACGGAGGAGCCAGUGUGAGUACUCGGCACCUACAUCAGAGUCUGCGAUGGCUCUUUGGAGUGGCAGCAGUGGCUACAGAUGUUGGUCACCUACUUCUGGUUGACCUUUGUUUGGAUGAUCUAUCUUGCAGUCAGAAUGAAGUAGAAGCAUCAGAUCUAGAAGUUGUCACUAGAAUUCCUGCUGAAGUUCCACAAAGAAGAGAAGCUGUGACCAGAGAAGGGAGGCAUCUCUGUUUUCAAUUACAAAAUCCUUCUGGAACAGCAAUAUCAACCCUGUGCUUCAUAAGCAGAAGCAAUCAGCUCGCUGUGGGUUUUUCAGAUGGCUACCUGUCACUAUGGAACAUGAAAAAUUUGAAGAGGGAGCACCACUCUCAGCUUGAAGGAGGAAGGAUUCCUGUCUAUGCUGUUACUUUUCAAGAGCCUGAGAAUGAUCCUCGCAAUUGUUGCUACUUGUGGGCUGUUCAGUCUACACAAGAAAGUGAAGGUGAUGUUGUGAGUUUACAUCUGCUGCAGUUAGCAUUUGGUGACAGAAAACGCUUGACAUCAGGACAGGUCAUGUAUGAGGGUUUGGAAUACUGUGACGAAAGGUACAGUUUAGAUCUCACGGGUGGAGUCUUUCCCUUGAGAGGACAGACCAGCAAUACCAAAUUACUCAGCUGUCAGACCAUAGAAAAAUUUCGCAACCAUGUUGACAGAGAGGAUAGUGUUAAUGAAGUAAUAUCUCCUGACACCAGUGUAUCAAUCUUCAGCUGGCAAGUGAAUACUUAUGGUGAGGGAAAGCCAUCUACUUAUUUGGGUGUAUUUGACAUUAAUCGCUGGUAUCAUGCUCAAAUGCCAGAUUCGCUAAGGCCAGAAGAAUUCCUUCAUGAUUGCCCUUAUUUUGCGUUAUGGUCCCUGGAUACUAUAAUAAGUGUGACUUCUCCAAACGUCAUUUUGGAUAUUUUAGUACAUGAGCGGAGUCUAAGUCGGGGAGUUCCUCCUUCUUAUCCGCCACCUGAGCAGUUUUUUAAUCCAAGCACCUAUAAUUUCGAUGGUACGUGCUUGCUGAACUCCGGCCUUGUUCAUAUGACUUGCACUGGCUUCCAGAAGGAGACCUUGAAUUUUUUGAAGAAGUCUGGUCCUUCAAUAAGUGAAGCCAUUCAUGAUAGCUACAAUAGGUGUCUUGUAGCUGGCUUGCUGUCUCCAAGACUAGUUGAUGUCCAGCCAUCCAGUCUGAGUCAGGAGGAGCAGUUAGAAGCGGUAUUGUCAGCUGCUGUCCAGACGGGUUCUCUAGAACUUCUGACUGGAUGCAUUAAACACUGGACAUCUGAAGAACAGCCAAGUUCUGCUGCUAAUUUACGGUUUGUUCUUGAGUGGACAUGGAACAAAGUGAUCUAUGCAAAAGAUGAAUUGGACCAAAUAUGUGUUCCGCUCUUUGAUGGCUCUUGCAACUUCAUUGACCCCCAGACGUUACAGUCUCUUCAGCACUGCCAGUUGCUUUUGAGCAACCUUAGCACGAUCUUAAACUGUUUUCUGACAGAAGCACAAGAGCUUACCGAAAAAGGUUUUACAGACUUGACAAAUAAGCAGGUGGUAACUAGCCUCAUUUCUCUGUAUGCACGAGUGGUCAUCUGGUUUUGCCGAUCCAGCCUCCUUCCAGAGGGUUUAGAUGAUGACAUGCAUUUGUCUAGACCUUUCUACAAUUAUCGCCUGAUACAGAGCUACUAUACUGGCCAUCGGCAGAAACUUGAGCAUUUAUCAAGAGGAAAAUGGGAUUCUGACUGCUUGAUGAUUGAUGGAAUGGUUUCCCAGUUAGGAGACCAAGUUGAGAAGUUGUGGAGGAGAGAUGAGGGAGGAACUGGGAAAUAUCCACCUGCUAGUUUACAUGCACUGCUGGAUCUCUAUUUGUUAGAAGGCAUUGAAGAGAGCUACAAACAUGCAAUUACAAUUUACUUGCUGCUAGAUAUCAUACAUUCCUUUCCAAAUAAAACAGAAACUUCAAUUGACUCCUUCCCAACUGCUUUUGCUAUCCCUUGGGGUCUUGUCAAGCUUAUUCAAGGUUUUUGGCUUAUAGAUCACAGCGAUUAUGAAAAUUCACUCGCCCUGCUCUUUCAUCCAGCUACGAUCAAAACUGUGUCAUGGCAACAUACGAGAAUUAUUCAGUCCCUCAUGUGCCAAGGAGAACAGAGGCGAGCUCUCAGAUACAUACAGAUGAUGAAGACAUCAAUGUCAGACAGUAGUGAAGUGCGGCUUUUCCUCAAUGUGUUGUUGUCCAAUAGAUGUGUAGUGGAGGCUUGGGAUCUGUUGCAGCAACAUACCACUAAGUUAAACAUAGAAGAACUGUUAAAACACAUGUUUGAAAUCUGUCAAGAGAUGGGACUAAUGGAAGAUUUAUUGAAGCUACCUUUCACAGACACUGAACAAGAGUGUUUGGAGAAGUUUUUACAGACCAACGCUGGUGUUCAGAAUCCUGAAUUUCUUUUAGUCCAUCAUUUGCAGCGUGCCAACUAUAUCCCAGCACUACAGCUGAAUCAGUCAAUGAAGGUUAAUCUUAUGAAUGAUCCUGAUCCUCGCUUGAGAGAGAGAGCAGUUGCCAGAAAUUCUAUAUUAGACCAAUAUGGCAAGAUCCUUCCUAGAGUUCAAAGGAAGCUGGCUGUAGAGAGAGCCAAGCCUUACCACUUGCCUUCGUCAGCCUUAAGAGAAGUUGCAAGACCAAAGCCAUUAUCAACAGUAACAAAACAAGCUAAUGCAGGAAAUGUGCAUACCAGAGCAACUUUCAUCAGUAAUGUGUUGUCCAAAAUUGGAGAAGUAUGGGCAGGAAACGAUCAGAAAGCCAGUUUCUCACACUAUGAUAGUCCUAGAGUUACAGAACCAUCCGUCGUACCUCGUCCUCUCCCUGAUGCAGAGUUGCGCAGUGCAUUUGUUGGGACACCAGUUACAAAAUUUUCACAAAAGUAUUCCAGAUUGCUGGAUUUGGUGGUUCGUCCUGCCCCUUCAUGUUCUGCAGCACAGGGUGGUAGCUGGCAGUCACCAUGCAGAGCUUCUACUUCAUUCAUGGCAUCCAGCCCACUGAAAUUAAAUAUACAUGGUUCCAUCUCACAAAAGAAUUCUUCAGGAGCAUCUGAGAUGGAUUUACUACAGACUCCUCUUGUGGUUAAGAGAGCUAAAUUUUUAGCCACAUCUGCUUCUGGUUUUCCUGGGUUUACUCCUCAGUCUAUUCUCAGAUCCAGCCUUCGCACCACACCCCUAGCAACUCCCUCCGCAUCUCCAGGACGAUCAGUUACUCCUCCUCUACGAGCAAAGGAACCUAGAAUAUCUUUCAGGGAAGAGAACUCAACUGCAAAAUGGACUGUUGGGAAGGUAACAGAAGAUGAUAAAGCACUGUUUGGAGCUUCCUCGGAGCAUCAUCAUGGAGUGGUGGAGGAUGCUUGGUCUGAAAGUAGAGAUAAAGCAACUCUGUUUACUCUGAGCAAUCCUGAGGAGGAUCGUGCUGAAAUGGAAGAGUCUUCAGAAAGCGUACCUGGAGAUGGGGUGGAGAAAAUGGAUGUCAGCAAAGAAAAUAGCAACUUCUCUGCCGGGUCAGACCAAACUACUUUGGAGUAUCAUGAUGCAAAAUCACCUGGUGAUUUUGAAGAUGAUGUCAUCUUUAUAGCUGUUAAACCAGCUAAUUCUUCCACUGAAGAAACUGACGAUCUUCAAGAAUCGGAGAAGGAAGAAGACAGGGAAGUGGUUGAAGAUAAACCUUUCCAGAUGGAACAAUCAAAUCCAUCAGAACUAAGAAAAGAAGCUGGCUUUGUGGGAGAGUCAAAUGCUGAAUGGCUUAACCUUCCUGAGGAUGAUAAAUUGGUGUUUAAAGCUGCUGAGGCUGCUACUUUUGGGACUGCCAGUGAAGGUGAAACAAACCACCAGGAGUCCAAAAUGUCCUCUCCAUCAGAAGAAAACACCAUACCAGUUGCAACAAAUCCACAGCUUUCUGAACCCCUGGAGGCAGACAGUGAAUCUGUGAUAAGUGUCCUUGACAAUGAGGAUGUGGUCAGUACUCAUUCAGAAAAUCACCUUGUGGGGAAGCAUGUGGAUUUACCUAAAGAACAUAACCUAGAAGCAGCUGAAGUUGAAGAAAAUGUUCCUUUUCUGCAGGAAGAAAUAACUGUUUCUAACAAUCUUCCUAAAACUGAGGACAUUAAUGUUAUUGAAGAUAGUGCAGUUAAGGCACAAACCUCAGAAGCAGCACCUGAAAUGUCACUGUAUAGUGAACUACAUCCAUCAGGCAGUCUUCAAUACAGCUACGAGACUCUGGAGCAACAGUUUGCAUGCGAUUUGCCUGAUAAUAAAGAUGGUGAAUGUGAUGCAGCUGAGGGAGAUGGAGAGCUUUUUAUACCUCAAAGUAAUUUUACUUUAGUCUUGGAAGGAGAAGAAGGUGAAGCAGAGAUGGGAGACCCUACAUUAGUAGAUGCUUCUAAACCGGCUGGCACAACAACAGAGGAAAAACCUGUGAACAGUUUAGGAAAUACUGAAAAUCAAGAACAUGUUACAAACUCGGUGUCCACUGUAACUAGUGAUCAGGAAUCUCAAAAUAUUGCAGAGUCUCUCCCCUAUGUGCCUGAACCCAUUAAGGUAGCUAUUGCUGAGAACUUACUGGAUGUAAUUAAAGACACAAGAAGUAAAGAAUUUACAUCUGAAGUUGUAGAACAAUCUAUUACUGAAACCAUAGGUAAAAAGGUCACUAGAUUCCAGAAGGCAAAAGCUCCCUUAACACCUGUGCCAGAAGGAGUAGAAGAUGAAACCAGCCUACACCAAGUCAUCACUCCUAGAACACGUGCAAGGGGACAACUGAGCAAAAGUCUGAGUAUUCCAUCGGCAGGCACUCAGCAACUGCUGCGGACGGACAAACCGGUUCUGUUUGGACUAUCUCCUAGGAGAAGUACCAGGCGAGCAAAAGAAGUGUCUGAGACUUCUGGUCUUCAAACAGAAGGAAGUACUCAAGAUGAGCAAAUACCUGUGAUGCCUGUUACUCCUAGGAGAGGUAGGAAACCGAAACUGACCAAUUUAGAAAAAGUAGAAAGCAGCCAUUCUGAUGGACAAACGUUGUCUGUCAGUACACAGUCCAUAGCCGUUACUCCAAGAAGAGGAUUAAGGAGAGCAAAGGAAGCUCCAUCGGAACUCUUGGAAGAGACUAAUGAGGAAGCUUCUCGUGCUGAAGGUAGCAUUAUUGCUUCUGCUACUUCCAAAAGGACUAGAGGAAGAAAAAGGUCAGCAGGAGAUCAAGAAACUGACCUGAGUGCCACCAGUCAGAAGAUUAAAAUGGCAGUCAGUCCCAGCAGAAGCACAAGAAAAAUGAAACACACUAAUGUACAAUUUACUGAAAAUAUUGUCAAGGAUCAAGAGGGGCAGCCCAGUGACCAACUCCUCUUACCUGUGCCAGCUAAAAGAGGCAGAAGAAGAAAGAUGAGUUCAUCCGAAGCUUCAGAAAAUUCUGACCUUGAUCUGUCUAGAUCAUUGCUUCCUCAAACAGAAUUUAAACUUCCUGUCACUCCUAGAAGAAGUGCUAGGAAGGGGACACAAAGUCUCUUGGCAAACACAGAAUCUAUCUCUACUCAGGAAGACACAUGUUCAGGUGGGAAAGUAGAAAUCCUUGACACUCCUAGAAGAACAAGAAGAGUUCCACCUGCUAAACCAGAAAAAAAUACUCAUGAGCAAAUGCCUGCACAGCCAAAUGAGGAAUCGACCACACCCCAGACUACAGUAGGGAAAGGCCGUCGGGGCAGAAAGAAGCGAUCAGUAGUGGAGAAAAGCAUAGGGGAGGAGGCCUUCCCCCAGGGACCUGAUGGCAGCCCUUUGCUGCUUGAAGACAUAAACCCAUCAGGGUGUGAUGAAACAUCAAGAACUUUAACAGAUAAUAUUACAAGAAUCAGAUCUGGCAAAACUGCCAUGCCUCAGAAACUGUCUGUUGAGGAAAAUGAAUCCUUCCUUUUCUCUCCUCCUCUCACAAAGCUGAAAAAGAAAUGUAAAGCUGGAAAAGCAGACCAUCCUGUGCAGCUUAAGGAUUUAGACCCGGACUUGUCUUCUCAAUUUGUCUUUUCACCCCCUCUUUUGAGGUCAAGGAGAAAAAAUGUAUCUAGCAUUUCCCGAAUUGUGAAAGAACCGGAGCUUCCAACUAAAGAGGAAGAGGAUACCAAAUCCACAGAGUCUGUGGGAAAGCCAAAAUUGAAGAGGGGUAGAACUGCAAAAUCAAAAAUCAAGAAAGCAAGCAAAACCACAAGAAAAGAAGGUUCUUGGUCACCUCCACCAGUGGAAAUAAAAUUAAUCUCUCCUUUCGGAAGUCCAGUGGAUGGAACGAAAAGCAAACAGAAAGAAACCACAGAUGCAGUAGAGAAGACUCUACGAAAGAACAAAAAAAGACUGUCUAGUUUUCCAAAGCCAGUUCUGCGCCGGAAGAUUCUGUAACUGUUUUUUAAGCUUAUAAUGUACACCGCUGUUUGUAAAGUCAUCAAAAUUGUGUGGAUUAGUAAAAAUAAAAAAAAAACCACAAACCCACAUCUAAUUUGGAAGAGAUAAUUUAUAUAAAUUAUUGUAAAAUUUCAUAAACAAAUGGUCUUCAAUAAGUAACUCCAUAUGGAGUGUGAUUUCCUCAGUCAAUGCAGUUUUCUAUUUUAUAUUAAGACUUCAUACAUUUAUAUAAUAUGUAAAUACAGCUUAUUUUAGGAAUGUUAAAUAAAAAUGUAUGCUUCACAAGACGCUUACUGUCUGAUAACUUUUUGAGGGAAUAGUGGGUUCAAUGGCCUGUGUUGUUCAGAAACUUUAAUGUUGGUUUGCAGAGUUGCUGACCCUCAAAAGUGAGGCCAAAAGCUUUUUUUAAGCUUUUUAAAAGUUUGUUUAGAAUUCCUAUAACAAGUAAACAUUUAAAACAUACUAGUUUAAAUUUUAUAAAUUAUGGUUGAUCUUCUGGCACAGAUAAUUGGGCUCACAAUGAAAACUGGUAAUUCCUUACGCUCACGGUUAAGUUGUACUGUAUUGAAGUCAGAAUGUAAACAAUUGUAUUUUAAGCUGUGCAAUAUUUUUUUGUAUUUGUCUUACAUUUUUGGAAAGCUGCUCUUUAGUUCAUAAAACUAGAUCACAUCUCAGAUGUUUCACUAUUUUUUACAAUUUGUUGUCAGCAAAAAAUUGUUUAGAGGGUGUGAUGCUUACAACAGCAUAUCAAAUUUAAAGGGAUAUUACCCACAUAACUUUGGAAUUUGAGCCAAAAUUAUUUUCAUAAGGUUAAUAGGAAUGCUACUAUAACUGAAAGAAUUACUGUCUGUAAACAUAUUUUGCAAUAUUUGAAGCCUGCAUAUCACAGCACUGAAAGAAAACCUGAUGGUAAAGCUAACAUAAUAGUCUGAAAAGGGUACCAAAAUGUACAGAAAUCUUAGUUACAAACCAUAUUUUUGAAUAAUUAUGUCAUUAAUAAUGGGUUAUGGAGUAAAUGUCCCUAUAAAGCUUCAAUUUAUAAAAAUAAAUUCAAAAAACUAUUCUUUUAAAGGCAGACAUGGAAGUACUAUUUUGAUGUGCAGUCUUUUAGACAAUGGAUUAUUUUUAUGUAUGUUAAUUUAUAUAUGGAUGCAACUUUGAAGACUACAGAAUUGUGGAAUCUGACAUUAAACUUUUCAAUUAGUAAAAACUACUACAGUUACUCGAAGAAAUAAUUUAUUGGUUAACUAAUACCUUGUACAUAGUAGAUGAAUGUAUUAAUAACAGACUAAGCUUGUAAACAAGAAGUUUCUUCUGGGGCUAUGAUUUUUCUAUCUCAGAACAGAUCAUUCUAGAGAAGCAGUUGCAUGCACUUUGAUAUUUUUCUCCUUGGGAGUAUUCAUGUCUGAAUGAAACCUUAAAUGCCAAAUGUUGACAGUGUGAAAGUGGCGGUUUGAGUGAGACCUUUCAGUCAGGUUAGUAAUUAUUUACUCUGAAUAUUUGUACUUGAACUACAAUAUAAAUAUGGUCAAAGAGGAAAGGAGGGGGAGUUCUAGCAAUAUUUUUUUUAAAUUCACAUUGUACAGAAAUGCAGUGAAUAGCUCAGAAAAUGGGGUAAAAGAUCAAACUUUCAAAACUGGAACAGAAAACACGUCAGAUCUGAACAUAGGUUUUGCAUAGUGUACAAGAGUAUAAAAUGCUCUGAUUCCUGAUCAAAUAGAAUUGUCUGAUGAAAUGCCAGUGAAGAUUGCUUAAUAGGGUUUUAACAUGUUUCUGUCAUUUUUAUUUACAGUAUAUUUUUGUAUGAAAAUCAAUUGGAACAAAUUAAAACAUACUACUAGCUAGUUUUAUUAAUUUGUAGUACUUUUUAGCCUCUAUUUUAUAACCAGCUCAGCUGAAUUAUCCUCAUUUGGCAGUGCUUUGGAGGAAAAAAGAAAGCAAUAGUAAUAAAAAAAUUGGCAUGAGAUUCAAAAACUUCCUAAAGGUUUGUAAUGGUCUAGUAACUUUUUUUACUUUACAGGAGUUGUAAUUCAAUUAUAUGUUAAAUUGUUUUCCUCCAUUUUUUUCAGUUACUUAGAUUCAGUGCACCAUUCGUGGUUGCUGACCAUAUUCCCAAGGGGGCAGUUUGAAAAGAAUGGCAGUGUAAGCAUAACAUGUAACAAGGAAUGGGAUUUCAGAAAGGUGAAGGAUGUGGAAGUAAAUGCAAGAAAACCCAAGCACUAGGAAUUUUUCUUUAGACAGAAAAGGAAAAGCAGCUAGCUAACAGCAUCAAGAUGGCAACUUAAGGAUGGGUUUAUAGUGAAGUGGAGAAAAUAGAUUUUACUUGGGUGGGUUUUGUGUAGGCUUGCUACAAGUAUGUGAAGGAUACAGUGGAAAAGAUCUAGUGGAGGGACAGUGCUUAACAGUGAGGAUGAAUUGGGAAGGGGACUGCCUUUUCAAAGACUAAAAUGGCUUGGGGUUGAGUGGCUGAGCAGGCUCGGAGUCUCAGAGAACUGCAGGUGUUUGCACGUGUAUCUGAGAGAAGGAUAAUAUUAUUCAUGGUGCCAGAGGAGGGCAGGAGGGGCCUGUGAAAGAAAUAGGGUGAUGCAUCAUGGUGGUAGAUUAAUGCAGAAGACUGUAGGGGCAUAGAGCAGCAACUGUGAGCAAGAUGAGAAUUUCCCAGGAGUUACACUGUACAGUUCAUCGCUAAAGAGAGCAACUCUGAAGUUUCAUUGCUUGAGGGGUGUGUGGUUUUCUCCUCCUAAAGAAAAGCUAAAAUUUAUCAAAUAUGUUUUGAUGCACCUGCUUUGAUGUGGCGUCAGAUGGCUAAAAGCUGAAGCUUAAACUGUGCCUCUGUACCUUUGGGGCUGUAACUCCAGAGAACAUUCCACUGGAAGGCUGACUGCGUUGGGAUAGCAGUCUCGCCUCUCAGAAAAAAUAAAAAUAGGUGUAAUGACAGAUUUUAUUGCCAGGAAACACCGAGUAUGAGAUGUUAGUGAAGGGAGAGUGAACAAUAGUAAGCUUAAGGGCUGGUGUUAGGGGAUUUGUCAAGGAAAGAAAUGUUUUGUUAGAAAUAGUUCCCUGAGUUACCUCAGGCAGUUGACACAUUCGUAAGACUUUUUUUUUCUUCAAAUGUUUAGAAGCCAAGGCUGAUGAAAGUACUCAUUCCAGGUUAUAACAUGAAGAGUAAAAUCUUUCUUUUACUUUUGAUAGCCACUUGGUGCUUAAAGCAUUAACUAACUGAUUCACACUGACCUAGUUAAUUUGCCUUAACAUUUGUACAUGCCCAGUGUGCAAAUACAGCCGCAGAUAACUAAUUUAAUCCCCCAUCAGAACUUCCUCUCAUGGAAGACUACUCUCAGGGUUGUCAGCGCAAUAAAUUUCAUUGGUUCCCAUGUAACUAAUCAUAAAUAGCUCAGUUUUGAUUUCUGGUGGGGAAAAAAAACAAGCUGCAGGCAGAAGCAAAUCCAUAGUUUCUCAUGAGCUGUUAGGCAAUGCUUGUAACCUAUCAGUCUAGGCCAGUCUGAAAAUACUAUGAAAUAAUAGACUUUCAAGAAGGUAGCAUGUUUCUUACUUUGCUGGUACUUUUGUCUUCUGUGCAAAACUUGCAGGUUUCCAUUCCAGGAAUGCUUUUUUCACCAAAGUAGUCCAGAUAAUGAGUCUCUUUGAUAUGCUUGGAGAUAAAUGUACUGUGGUUCCUUUGGAAUUAAAACUGUUCCUAAAAUAAAAUGCAUUUUCCAACGCA